AUGAGUGGGAUACUAACUAAAGUGAGGAGAUUACCCGUACAAUUUCCACUAUUACGCGGCAUGUUGUCAUACGCGGUGAUCUGGCCGACCUGCAGCGUGCUCCAAGAAUACUUGGAACACGGAACAACAGUAGAAAACGCCGAUUGGGCACGCGCAGCCCGGUUCGGCAUCUUCGGUACAUUUUUCAUGGCACCGUUGUUUUAUAAUUGGAUGAAAUACACCAGUAGGUUCUUCAAAGGAAAAACUCUGGGGUCAGCUGUCACUCGGGCUGUCAUAGAGCAGAUUUCAUAUUCGCCCGUAGCGAUGGCGUAUUUCUUCUUCGGUAUGAGUGCGUUGGAAAUGAAGCCAUUUAACGCGUGCGUUGAGGAGGUGAAGGAAAAGUUUUGGGAUACGUACAAGAUCGGCGCGGUGUUUUGGCCCACGGCGCAAACUUUAAAUUUUUACUUUGUAUCUGAGAAAAAUCGUAUUGUUUUCGUCAGCGCCGCUAGUUUCAUUUGGACGGUUUAUCUCGCGCACGUGAAGUCGAGGAAGAGGAACACCGAUGACUUGAAAUUUUUGGAAAACAAGGACUAG